UUAUCAGCUUGAUGUGAAGUCAACAUUCUUGAAUGAAGUGCUAGAAGAAGAGGUUUAUGUUGAGCAACCCCAAGGUUUUCUUGUUGAAAGGGGAGAAGACAAAGUUUACAAGUUGAAAAAGGCUCUUUAUGGGCUAAAGCAGGCACCCAGGACUUGGUAUGCUGAAAUUGAUGAGUAUUUUUCACAUAGUGGUUUUCAAAAGAGCCAAAGUGAGCCCACACUUUAAAUCCUAAAGAAGUUCAAGAAGGAUAUGAUGAGCACCUAUGAGAUGAGUUAUCUGGGAUUACUUCAUUAUUUUUUGGGAAUUGAAGUUUCUCAAACUGAAAAUGGGAUCUUCAUUUCUCAAAAGAAAUAUGCUGAAAAUAUUCUCAAGAAGUUAAAUUUGCUGGGCUGCAAAUCAGUGGCUACUCCUUUGAUAGCAAAUGAGAAAAUGAGGAAGUUUGAUGGUGCAAAGAAGGCAGAUGCUAAGAAGUACAGAAGUUUGGUUGGUAGUUUUUUGUAUCUUACGGCAACUAGACCAGAUAUUAUGUUUGCUGCAAGUUUACUUUCACGUUAUAUGCAAGAGCCAAGUCAGAUUCAUUUUAGAGCUGAAACAAGGGUGUUGAGAUACUUGCAAGGCACACUUGAUUAUGGAAUUUUGUUUACAACAGUAGAAAAAUCAAGGCUUAUUGGUUACACAGACAGUGAUUGGGCAAGAUGUCUUGAUGAUAUGAAGAGCACGUCAGCCUAUGUUUUCUCGCUUGGUUCCGGCAUAUGUUCAUGGGCAUCAAAGAAGCAAAAUGUGGUGGCACAAUCUACUGCUGAAGCAGAGUACACUGCAGCAGUUAAGGCAGCAUCACAAGUUGUAUGGCUUAGAAGGAUACUUGAAGACAUUGGCGAAAAGCAAGAAGAAGGCACCAAAUUAUAUUGUGACAACAAAUCAGCCAUUGUCAUUGGGAAAAUUCCAGUGAGUCAUGAUCGUACAAAGCACAUUGCCAUCAAGUACCAUUUCAUUUGAGAGUCAAUUGAGAAAGAUGAAGUUGCACUUGAAUACUGCAGGACAGAGGAGCAGUUGGUAGACAUACUCACCAAGGCACUUCCACAAGAGAAGUUUUGCUAUUUAAGAGAG